UAUAAAGAUAAAAAGAAGGAUUAUCACAAGUUGAAAGAGGACGAUGAUGUUAUCCAAAAAAAAUAUGUAGAAAUUGAAAAGGCUGAAUUACAAUACAAACAAACUUACACAGUAAACCCCAUUCAACCUUAUGAUGACAAUAAUGGAAUGCAAGAAUUACCAGAAUCUUUAUCUUCUACAAGUGACAAUGAAAUAUGUCCAUUAACUAAGCCAAAAGAAAUACUUGAAAAUGAUGAAAACAUAGUUAAUGAUAUGGAAGAUUACUAUAAUGAAGCACCUGAAUUUGAAUCUAAAAUUAGUGGAUGA